GUAGUAUAUUGCAAUGAAAACAAGUUUUAAUCAUUUAAUCCUUCAACCAAAACCCUUCUUCACCCUUGUAACAAUGGCGACCCUUUUCCCCCUGAACCUCCAACCGUCAUCUCGGAUGGCCCUCAGACCUAAUUCUUCUUCUCUAAUGGCCCUCAAGGGUUGGCCUUGUCAAUCAAACAUGUUAACCUCUAAACCAAACGCCUUAACAUACCGAAAACCUUGCCCAAACAUCUCGUGUACUAUGAAAAUGGACGCAUCACAGCCAGACCCACACGGAAAGUCAACUUUUGACCUUGUAAUAAACAAAGCAAGAAAAUUGUGGGAUAAUUCUCCCCAAGAAGUCAAGAGCUUUCCGUGGACUACCGCCUUGGAGAAUUUCACACAACUUAUUAUCGACAUUAUUUUGGUAGUCACCCAAUUCUUAUAUCUACCCGUAAUGGCAGUUACUUCCGUUAGCGAGAUGUCAUAUUGUGCUCAUGAACGAAAGCUGGUUUUAAUUCCUAUCCCGAUUCUUAUUGGUGUUGCUGUAGCGGGAAUGUUGAGAAACAGAGCGUUGAAAUUAUCUCCAUAUCUCAAGGAUGCGAAAGUUCCUUGGCAUUUGUAUGCCAAUAUGCUUUUUUUCACGUUGAUCAAGUUGCCGGGACCGUAUUAUCCAUAUUGGGGACGUAUUUUAAUCCCGCACUUUGCAAAUGGAGGGUUAUUUAGGACUCUAUGGUUUCUUUUUUUAUGGUACAGGAUGUCUAAGAAGGAUGUGCACAAUGAUCUUGAACAAAAGGCGGCAUAAGUUGAUGCUCUCAAAUAUUUGUAAAAGAUCUUCUCGUCCUCUAAAUCAUAUGUCACACCGACACUUUUACCAUUAAAGACCAAACUCACUGUUUCGGGUCAGCAUGAAAGAAACGUUCUUGCAAGCGUUGAAGUCACAUGUUUGUUAUAUUAGUAGGGCCGCAUGCAGCAUUAUCAGGAUUUUUGUUUCUUAAGCAGAUUGGUGUGGUGUGUAUCUUCAGUGAGGAUAAAAAUUUUAGUCUGUCUCAAAAGCAUGCUAACUUUUAACACUCCUGGAUUGUUGUUCAAGGAGCUUCUAGUGUAUAAUACAACUAAAACCGACACAACUUGAGCUUCAGACCUAACGAUAAACCCGUUAAAACAGGCCGCCCUUUUUCCAUUGUAA